UCGAGCCAAGCGGGGAAAGGGCGCGGAACUGCGGCCGUUCGCGGCCAUGACUGGCAUUCUGUGCGAUUGGCUGAAUCGGGAAGUGAAGCUCUCGCGGACAGUGGACGCAGAAUCUUUCGCCAGAGAAUUUUCUUCUGGUUAUCUCAUUGGAGAACUUCUAAACAAGUAUGAACUUCAGGAAGAUUUUGAUCAGUUUUCACAAAGCAGGCUUGCCAAUGCAAAACUCAACAACUUUUCUCGCAUGGAGCCCACCCUUCAACUUCUGGGUGUACAGUUCGACCAAAAUGUAGCCCGAAACAUCAUGACAGAGCAGCAUGGAGCUGCUAUCAAACUUGUGUACCAAUUGUAUGUGGCCCUAGAGAAAAAGAAAAAAGCAGGGCUCACUGGAGUUGCCAUGGAUGCAAUGCGACCUUCAGCAAAUGCAAAGCUUAAAAGUGUAGGAACCGAAAUAUAUCGUGAGAGACUCAAAACACUAGUACCCCGCCAGGCAGACCUCUCACUCCAACAAAUUUCAGAAAGCUUUCAAAACAAAGUCAAGAUUCUGGAAAGUAAAAUGGUUGGUAUGCAAUUUGUGAAGCAACAGCAGGCCAGACAGAUCCAGGAGGAAAAAAAGGUUGAAGAGCUUGAAAGGAAAAUUGCAGAAAAACGCAGGCAGAAUGAAAUCAUGGCCAAAAUUCAAGCAGCAGUUAUCCAGAUUCCAAAACCAUUGCCACAGCAUACUGACAAAGCGAUUGAAGACCAAAAACUGCAGAAGAAGAAGAAGGAAGCAGAAACAACGUACACUGAAAUUAGGAACUUUGAAAAACAAAUGAGGAAAGAGGCUGUUGUACCUGCCAAACUCACAGAGAGCAUGAUGUAUGCAAUAAAGCAGGCACAAGAACUAGCUACGACAAAACCAGUCAUUACUGAGCUACUGAACACCUACUCAGAUGAUGAAUAUAUUAGGAAAAUUCAGAAACGUCUUGAGGAGGAUACCUUUGCUCGAGAACAACGGGAGAAGAGAAGGCGAAAGAUGUUAAGGGAGCAACUCAUAGCUCAUGAAGCACAAGAAGAGGCCUAUAGAGAAGAGCAGCUUGUCAACCGACUUAUGAGACAAUCCCAGCAAGAGCGGAGAAUAGCUGUUCAACUUAUGCAUGUGAGGCAUGAGAAAGAAGUCCUGUGGCAAAACAGAAUUUACAGAGAAAAGCAGUUUGAGGAAAGACGCCUCAAAGAAUUUCAAGAAGCUCUCGAUAGGGAAGAGGCUCUUGCAAAACAAGAAAAAAUUGAACUUGCAGAACAGGCCCUUAGAGAAAAACAACUGCAUGCAAAACUUGCUGCUGAAAGAGCUGAGGCUCGCUAUAAGAAGCAUUAUGAAAUUUGCUGGGAGGUGGUUGAACAAAUAAUUGAUUUAGCAACUAAAAUAGGAGAAUAUAGAACGCUGACGAAUAAUUUAAUUCCUGCAAAGCUAAUGCGUGACUGGAAGGAACUCUUCUUAAAAGGAAAGCCAAUUUAUGAGCAAGCUGACAUCAGCAAUUUGCCAGAUGAGCCGACUCCAGAACAAUUAGUAGAACUGGACAAAAUUAAUUUGCUAGAUGAGAAAGAUUAUGAUGAAUAUAAGGCUAUGGUUGAGGAGUGGUACCCUCCUGAAGAGAUCAGAGUAAAUAAACCACCUCCUGAUAAUGUAAUAUUGGGUCAUGUGAUUCACAGAUUGAUGGAACUUGUAUAUCCCCCAGACCCGGAACCACCACCGUCUAUAUUUUCUCCAUUUCCUAUGAAAGGUUGCAUUUUGGGAAAGCUCUAUAGUGGAAAAACCACCUGCUUAAACUUCUUAGGAAAAGUUUUUAAUAUCCAGGUCCUAUCUCUGGAUGCAUUGAUUGAAGAGGCAAUUAAAUCCUUCCAUGAAAAUGAAACAGUGGUUGAAAGUUUACUUCCAGCCAGAAUGGAAGGCUCUUCUUUGAAUCAAAUACAAGUUCUAAAAGAGGCUUCUAAGGCUUCAUUGGUAGUAUUGAAAACUUAUGAGUCAGCAGAACAGAACAUAGCAAUUGAGGAGCCCAAAGAAAGUAUUGAGAAAUCAAGCUCUGCUGUGAUGGUUGACCAAAUGGAGAUAGAGGAUGAGGCUGAAUUAACUAAACUUUCUAUUCGUGCUCAGCUUGGUGCAGCAGCAGAGACAUUGUUAAAGAAAGGAAAAAACAUUCCAGAUGAAUUACUAGUUGGCAUCAUGGUGGAAGCUAUUAGUCGGCUACAGCCAGAAAAGGGUUGGAUCAUGGAUGGAUUCCCAAUGACACUCAAUCAGGCCAAGCUGCUUGAAAAAGCACUGACUGGACGAGACCCAGACCAGACAGAAACUAAUACAAUAAACUUGAAAAAGCCCACACUGGUUACAGACCCUGCAGCUCCAAAAGAGCCCCCUGUGCGUUCACCUGGUCUUGACUUUGCGAUUUUGUUAGAUGUUACAGACUCCAUUGUGAUGAAUCGGAUAGCAACGGAGAAGGUUGACUCCUAUGAAAGUGAACACAAAACCACUGCUCAAAUUUCACAAACAGAAAUCCAGGAAAGAGAGGAAUUAAAAUCAGCGUGGGGCCAGAUGCAGCACAGAAUUAUAGGAUUCCUGGAUGCUUGGCCCCAGUUAGAAGAUUGGUAUUCUGAACAGCAAAAUAUACUUAUAAAAGUCAAUGCAGAUAUUGAGAAAAGUCUUAUGUGUCAAAGAAUAAAAGAAAUUUUAACAGGAGAAAUCAUCAAGAUCCAAAGUAAAGGAAAAGAAAAGGAAAAGUUAGAAGGUGAAAAAGAGAAGGAGGCCAUCCACCUUUUGCCAGAAGAAUCAUUCAUAGAAAAAAUGGAAGAAGCAGCCCUAUUGGCAGAAUUACAGGAGCCCCCACCUCCACCCCCUGCAACUAAAGAGACCACUCCAUCAGAGUUACCUGCUAAAGGUAAAAAGGGAAAGAAAGAAGAAACAAUCAAAGGAAAAGAAUCAGCAGCUAAAUCAGGAACUCCACGAGCAAAAGGACAGGCAAAAUCUAUGUCAUCUUCCCCUGAAGAUAUGUUGCCUUUUAGUACUAUUGAACCACCUCCAAUCAAACCUGGGUCAAGUGAAUGGAUUUACUGUGAUGAUCCAAUACCCCAAGAAAUAGCAGAAUUCCUAGUUCCUUAUUGGGAAACAAUAGAGAAAACAUACAUCAACAACAUCAAAGCAACCCUUAGAUGCCUCAGAGAUGAGCAACAUGUUAUCAUUUAUUACCUGUCAGACAUAAGAAACCAUUUCAAGGACUAUUUGAAGCGUCCAGACCACAAGCAGGAAUUUGUGACUCAGUGGCAAGUCGAUUAUAAUUCAGUGACUGAUGACUUAUGGGACGAUGAUGAAACAAAAGAAGAACUCCAUCAAAGAGUUACUGAUUUAAGAGAUCGCUUGUGGGAUAUCUGUGAGAACAGGAGAGAUGAAGCUGAGCAAGAACGUUGUGAUAUCAUGAACGAUGGCUGGUUGCCGGACCGAAUUGGGCUUCUGAUGAACCACAUUUUUUCUCUUAUGCAGAAUGAAAUGGACCGUUUCCAAGAUACCAAAAGAGUUCUGCAUGAUUAUUAUAGAGCAAUGGAAGGCAAAAUUCCAAUAGACACCAGCUCCGACUUUACCAGAAUACCCUUGAUAGAUCUAAUGGAAAGAAGGCUAUCUGCGGAAGAGUGCAAGAUGAAAAUAAUCCCUACGAUUGCUCACAUAUCUCCUUCACCAGAAGUUAACAGAGAAAGGAUCAAAUUGAUUCCGGUUAAGCUCAAGGAUGAUCUGUUUUCGGAAAGUGUAAUAUUUAAUUUCAGCCCAGAUGAGAAACUGCUCACAGAGACAUGGCAUCAUCUUACAACAACUAUAUCAUCCGUGGUGAGUUCUGAGAUACAAACAAAAGAAGCGGAAGAGGAGAAAGAACGGCUUCAGGAGGAGAUGAAGGAAAAAGAGCGCCUCAAAUCUUCACAAGCAAUUGCUGGCAAAGGUGGCAAGGAAGGGAAAGGGAAAGGAGGAAAAGGUGAAAAGGACGCAAAAGGUGGGAAAGAGGCCAAAGAAAAGGACAGCAAAGAUGCUAAGAAAGGAAAAAAGAAAGGUAUACAUAGUCCCUCUACAACUGAAGUGGUAGCUACUCCUUUAUCCCCAGAAGAAUUAAAGAAGCAAGAAUUGAAACUUAAAAUGAAACAGGAAUAUUUUGCUGCACUGGAGCAUGAAGCGGAGGCUGCAAAAUCUCGUCUUGAGCUGUUAAAAGUUAAAGGAUUAGCUUUCCUGGAGGAUCUACAAUCAAAGGCAGAAGAAACAUACAGAAAUAUGGAAAAAUGGCUUGGAGAGCGAUACCUGGCUGAAAUGUCUAGUGUGGAUAAAUUGGUUGGGGUUGCCCGGAAUCAUAUUGAAACUUCCUCCAGGAUUCAGUUUGAAUUAGCCCUGGAAGGAACAGAUUUCUAUGUUAAUGGUGAUAUAAAAGUAUUUGAAGAUCCUACUCUUCCACCUCGUCCCCCAUCUGUGGAGACUGCUACAAACAGUACACUCACUAUUUCACAGCUAAGUACUCUUCAUAAGCAGUUUCUACAGGUGGCACCUAAAGGGUUAAUACCAAAUAAAACAUUCAUAGAUAUUUUGUUUGAUUUGAUCACUCUGAAUCUUGGGUCCAAUAUGCUUCCUGAUACCUGGCUACAUCUCUCCAUGUAUGAUUUGCAGAGCCUAUCAUUAUUCCUACUUGUGAAUUUGGACACAGUGGAUUGGCGCAGAUUCUUACAUGCAGCUUCCCAGCCUUGGCCUAUUCCUUCUGUAACGGAACUGCUUGAAACAUUACAGAGAUUUCAGGACGUGGAUACUAAAGGAUCUGGAUUUGUCACCCUGGAAGAAUAUGAUCAGGUUGGUCUGUGGUUUAAAGAAAGUGAAGAUUUAGGCAUUCCAGAAAGUCCUAUAGAACCUUUACCAUUUAACCGUCAGAAGCAUCUCAUAGAAUUUUUGUUCUAUUUAUUUGCUGAUCCUGAAAAAGACCCUCCUCAACUGAACUACACUAAGAUGCUACUCUACUUUGCCUCUUACCCUGAUGCUGUAGAUGGUGUCUAUCGAGCCCUUAGUGUCACAACAGGGAUAUAUAUUCAAAGGAAGAGGGAGAAACACUUUUCUCUUCCUCAUAUGUUUUUAUCAUCUGCUGAGCAGCUCCUAACCCUGGCUACCCAGGAGGAACAGGCAGAAGAGGAGGCUGGUGAAGAAGGGGAGGAAGAAGCAGAGGAAGAGAUGGAAGAAAAGGAUAAAGAAGAUGACGCCCUGUCUAUCGGCAAAGACGGAUACAUCUCUCUAGCUACACUUCUCCAUGUAUUCCAGUAUGAAACAAACAAAGCUUUCGACAAUCACAGAUUUAGUAGUCAUCUGACAGAAGAGGACAAUUAUGAGCAUUUCAUAAAGGUAUACAAGGAUCUUGGCUCUGAAGAGCUGCAGCCCAUCAAAAUUGAACUCCUUUUGAAGCACCCCUUCAUUCACGACUUAAUUAACAACUAUCAGGGGUACAAGCUUCCUGAUUUUAAAAUGAUUCUGCAGAGAGCAGGCCAAAUUCAACCAUUUAAUGGAGAUAACAUCACAUUAUAAAGAAAUUAAAAUUAGGGGAGGGCAGGGGAAUAAAAGUCUGCAACUGGUUUUCAGCACCACAGAAGUAUUUCCCAAAUGACCUAAAUGUUGGGUUAAUUCUUACUCACUUGUAGAGCUGUGUCCUUUAAUUGGAA